AUGACCACGACGCGGCGCGACUUUCUGAGCCAGCCGGCGCCGGAAAACUACGUCGCCGCUCGCGAUGGGCCCAGUGAGGACCAGAUCAAGGAGGCCCUCGCCAAGCGUGCGGCGCAGCUGGGCAUCGCGCCCGACGGAAAGGGCAGCAAGAAGAAAGAUGAAGACGACGACAACAAUGACGACGAGGCACGGUUCCAAGACCCAGACAACGAGGUUGGCCUGUUCGCUGGCGGUGUCUACGACAAGGAGGACGUGGAAGCAGACCGCAUAUGGGACUGGGUGGACGAGCGCAUGGAUCGGAGAAAGCGGCAGCGCGAAGAGCGCGAAAAGGCCGAGCGGGAGGAAUACGAGCGGAACAACCCCAAGAUCCAACAGCAGUUCACGGAUCUCAAACGUGCCCUCUCGACCGUCACGGAUGACGAGUGGGCAAACCUGCCCGAGGUCGGAGAUUUGACGGGCAAAAAUCGGAGAAGCAAGCAAGCCUUGCGCCAGCGCUUCUACGCGGUGCCCGACAGCGUAUUAGCCGCCGCUCGAGACUCGACCGAGAUGGGCACGACUGUCGCCGACGACGGCACGGCCACAGCUGCCGGGGACGGAGGGGACGGCACAAUGACCAACUUUGCCGACAUUGGAGCGGCUCGCGACAAGGUUCUCAAGUCAAGAUUGGAGCAGGCAUCGCAGAGCACGGGCGGCGACUCGGGCAGCGCGACGAGCAUCGACCCGCAGGGGUACAUCACGAGCCUCAACAAGAUGCAGAUGAACGAGGCUCAAGCGCAGGUCGGCGACAUCAACCGCGUGCGAGAGCUUCUUCAGUCUGUCGUCAAGACGAAUCCCAACAAUGCCCUGGGAUGGAUCGCGGCUGCCCGGCUGGAAGAACUGGCCGGCAAGAUUGUCGCCGCGCGAAAGACCAUCGACAAGGGAUGUGCCCAAUGCCCGCAGAGCGAGGACGCAUGGCUGGAGAACAUUCGACUCAACCACGAGUCCCCAAAUACAAAAAUCAUCGCCCGCAGGGCCAUCGAGGCGAAUCCCCGAUCGGUGCGGCUGUGGGUGGAGGCCAUGAAACUGGAGCACAUUGCCAGCAACAAGAGGCGCGUUGUUCGCCAGGCGCUCGACCACCUGUCGGACUCGGAGGCUCUUUGGAAAGAGGCGGUGAAUCUAGAGGACGACCCCAACGACGCAAGGCUCAUGUUGGCCAAGGCGACGGAGCUGAUCCCCCUCUCGGUGGAUCUGUGGUUGGCGCUGGCCCGGCUGGAGACGCCAGAGAACGCCCAAAAGGUGCUUAACAGGGCGCGAAAAGCCGUCCCGACAUCUCACGAGAUUUGGAUUGCGGCCGCGCGGUUGCAGGAACAGCUCGGCCAGGGAGACAAGGUCAACGUCAUGAAGCGAGCUGUGCAAGUGCUUGCCAAGGAAUCCGCCAUGCCGAGUCGAGAAGAGUGGAUUGCCGAGGCGGAGAAGUGCGAGGCAGAAGGGGCGACGCUUACUUGCGAGAGCAUCAUCCGCGAGACGCUCGGCUGGAAUCUGGACGAGGACGAUGACCGAAGAGACAUAUGGAAGGAAGACGCCAGAGGCAGUAUCAACAGGGGUCGAUAUGAAACCGCCCGCGCCAUCUAUGCCUAUUCGCUACGCGUAUUUGUGCAAAGCCGGUCGACGUGGAUGGCGGCCGCAGACCUCGAGAGGACCCACGGGACCAGAGCCUCGCUGUGGCAACUCCUGGAAAAGGCCGUGGAGGCGUGCCCGAAGAGCGAGGAGCUGUGGAUGAUGCUGGCCAAGGAGAAGUGGCAGGCAGGAGAGGUAGACAACGCGCGGCUGGUCCUAAAGCGGGCCUUUCACCAAAACCCCAACAACGAAGACAUUUGGCUGUCGGCCGUCAAACUCGAGUCGGAAAAUGGCGACGUGGAGCAGGCGAGACAGCUACUGGAGAUUGCACGCGAACAGGCGCCGACGGACCGGGUAUGGAUGAAGAGCGUCGUGUUCGAGCGGGUGGAGGGGCAGGACAACGCGGCGCUGGACAUGGUGCUGCGGGCGCUGCAGCUGUUCCCGGCCUCUGCGAAGCUGUGGAUGCUCAAAGGACAAAUCUACGAGGAUCAGGGUAAGCCGGGCCAGGCGCGGGAGACGUACGCGGCCGGGGUCAAGGCUGUGCCCAAGUCGGCGCCACUGUGGCUGCUUUACUCUCGGCUCGAGGAGCAAGAGGGCUCAAUGGUCAAGGCACGAUCCAUCCUCGACCGAGCGCGGCUGGCGGCGCCCAAAAACGCGGAGCUGUGGUGCGAGUCGCAAGAGGUGCCCAAGAGCGGGCUCCUCUGGGUGGAACAAAUCUGGCAUCUGGAGGCGCGAACGCAGCGCAAGCCGCGCAGCCUCGAGGCCAUCAAGAAGAUUGACAACGACCCGCUGCUGUUUGUCGGGGUGGCGCGCAUCUUCUGGGGCGACCGCAAGCUGGACAAGGCGCAGAACUGGUUCGAGAAGGCGCUGGUGCUGGACCCGGACUGCGGCGACAGCUGGGCUUGGUACUACCGCUUCCUCUGCCAGCACGGCACCGAGGAGAAGCGCGGCGAGGUGGUGGGCAAGUGCGUGCAGAACGAGCCGCGGCACGGCGAGGCGUGGCAGGCGGUGGCUAAGAGCCCCAAGAAUGCGCGCAAGGGGACCGAGCAGAUCCUGAAGCUGGUGGCGGCGGAUCUGGAGUAG